AAUAACUAAUCUGCAACCUUUUUCAUGACUCAUAUAUGUCACUUUUAGUAAAGUAGCUAGUAUUACUUUUCUGAGUUGUGUUGGGAAGAAAAUAGAAAAUGGUUUGCAUGUGGUGAGCUGAACCUGGUUGAGAUUUCGGGUUGCUUCCAUUUUCUUUGUUUCUUGGGGAAGAUUGAAUGGAAAGAAGAUAUCUGAAAAUGAUUUGUUUUUUGGGGGUUGGAAAUUUCAUGACUGUGAAAGCAGUAGUGCCUCUGUUUAUUCUGGUUGACUCUUUGUUCAUGUUAUGUAUAGGUGCUAGCUUUGAAUCCAUAUACGUUCGUUAGGAAUAAUGAAAUAGUUCCGUACUGGAUUUUUAUUGUUUUCCAACUUUCUUGCUAGAUCUAGGCCUACAUCAAAAUGCAACCAGAAGAUUUGAUCCUGGAUAAUAGUUUUAAGGGUCAAUUCAUUUUUAUUUUCAACAUGAAGAACUUGUAGGGCAGAUCAAGACUCUGAUAAUCUUUUAUUGGAAUCAUGCCUCCUUUCAUGAGCUGCUUUUGCUUCAAGAGUUCCAAAGUUGAUAGACAUAGGACUGGAUAUGAGGACCCUAUUAUCCUUGCUUCAGAAACUGCUUUUACCGUAAAUGAAGUGGAGGCCUUGUAUGAUCUGUUUAAGAAAAUAAGCAAUUCCAUAAUUAAAGAUGGCCUUCUACACAAGGAAGAAUUCCAACUUGCACUAUUUCAAAGCAGCAGUAAGCAGAAUCUUUUUGCAGACAGGGUAUUUGAUUUGUUUGAUGUCAAGCGUAAUGGGGUAAUUGAAUUUGGAGAAUUCGUUCGGUCAUUGAGCAUUUUUCAUCCAAAUGCUUCUGAAGCAGACAAAAUUUCAUUUGCAUUUAGAUUGUAUGAUCUACGACAGACGGGCUACAUUGAGCGUGAUGAGGUGAAGGAGAUGGUGGUAGCCCUUUUAGGAGAAUCAGAGCUGGAACUUACCAAUGAUGUUAUCGAAUCAAUCAUUGACAAGACAAUGAUGGAGGCAGAUUUAAAAGCAGAUGGAAAAAUUGAUCAAGAAGAGUGGAAGGAAUAUGUGGCAAAGCAUCCAUCUCUUAUAAGGAAUAUGACUCUUCCAUAUCUAAAGGACAUAACAAUAGCAUUUCCCAGCUUUGUGCUCAACACCGGAGUUCCAGAUUAGAUACGAUUGCAUGGUAAAGAUAAUAGACAGUAGCAAAGCCUUUUCUCCGUGGAUGUCUCAACACAUCUAGUAGUGAGGCUCCAUGUGUAGAGCACAAAGAUGAUGGAAGGAACCAAAAGAAAGAGAAGUUUAAUCCAUAGCAUAGCCUCCACGUUCAGCAGUAUAUGUUUUGAUCAAGAGUUUCUGUAAUUUAACUGUUUAAUUUACAUAAAAUGUACAUGUUAGUUUAGAACUUUAGAUUGUUUAUAGUCUACUGAAAUUUGCUUUCCCAAACUCCGGUGAAAAGUUAAUUGCUUUUCGUACUUUUCAAUUGAAAAAUAUUCUUUCGA